AUGGCUCGUUCAGACUCGUCCUCAGCCUCAUCCGUCGGUGGUGACUCUUCGCUCCCACAGAUUGUCGCACCCGUCCCCGUACGCCCACGUCUCCCGAGCCGCAAGAGCAGCGGCACGAUAAUAGUGCCACGGGAGUCGGCAGAGGCUGUCGAGCCGGCGGAGUUGAGGUUAGAUCCUGGCGACGUCCGCGCUAUGAGCCCUCGGCGGACGAGCGAGGACCUGGAGAAUCUCGGUCGCGAGGCAAGAGACGAGCUGCGGAGACACGCAAAGGCCCUACAGGAAUCACUGGUCGCAAUCUUCAACCGUAUUGAGGCCGUCAAGGAAGAGCACGACAAGCUCGACAGCAACAAUAAGUUCCUGCAGAAAUACAUAGGCGAUCUCAUGAGUACUAGCAAGAUCACGGCCACGUCGUCAAGCCGGGCCAGAAAAUGA